AUGACAACGUUACGGUUGUUGCUUCUCGGCUUGCUUUGUGUUUCUACCCUGUCCCAGGAAGACGACACUAAUCCAUUCAACUACCAAUGCAAUAUCCUUGAAGUCUCUGGUUCUGGCUGCUCUCCUCAAUCAUGGCAGCUAGACAACAUCUGCGAACCCACAAGACAAGAAGGAUGGUGUUUGGACUGUCUCGACUGUGAUCCUUGCAGGAGGUUUAAUUUUCAAUGUGAUGAUUGCGUCAAAGCUGGAUGUUUCUGGUGUCCUGGAGAUGCUAUUUGCUCUUCUCGGAUCAUCACCCAAGAAACCUGGACAAGAUUGCAAGAUGAAUCUGAGGUGGGAUCCAAUUUGCAACCGUCUUGUGUCUCGGCAGAAGAUUGGACUACAACCCCUUGCAGUGGUAUCAGCGAGAGCAGCAACGCGACAGCGACAACAAAAGAUAACAUAUUUUCAGACCCCCUAUUUGAUUCCAUGGAGUGGCUCUACAACAUGAUCAAUGUUCAGCCCGUGUGGGAGGCCGGAAUUUUGGGAGAAGGGGUCCGUAUUCGUGUCAAUGAUGUUGGUGGUGUGGACGCAACACAUGCUGAGUUUGACAAUCGUUUUGACGAAGAACAUUCCUGUGAAGAUUACUUGCCACCAGCCCCAGGAGAAUUGCCCGUGGAGAGCAUUCGAGAACAUGGUACCGCCGUGGCUUCCUUGGCUUUGGGGGGCGCCAAUAAUGAUCAGUGCGCCGUGGGAAUUAGUCCAGCUUCGAUACUGAGUGCGUGUCGCAUGCCCAAAGUUGGAAAUCCCUUGCUUUACGCCACCACCCUCAUUAUCCAUUUGAAUUUCACGGACGUUUCGGUCAACUCGUGGUCUUUAAACGCUUGCGUCGCAAAACAACUUGUAAGACGACUACAACCAGACGACAAUGAGAAACGAAAUUUACAAUCCACGUGUCCCUUCUCCAAUGAAUUUUCCACAUCACCGUGCAACGUGUGUGGAGAGUCACUGGCGGCUGCAGGCGACAACUACGCCCAGUUGGCACCCGAAUGCCGAUUGUCUAUAUCCUCCUAUUGCCGCACACGCUUUGAAUAUGACGUGGAAGCCUGCAACGAUUACUUGCCGCUGUAUGCGGAAUGUUUCUACGAUUCCAUUCUGAUUCCAGAAGAAAGGGCGGCACUCGAAAUUGGAGUGCAGCAGGGACGGGGCGGAAAGGGUCUCAUCUUCGUCAUGAGUGCUGGCAAUGAACGCAUGAAUGGUGAUUCCACCGAUGGACAAAAAUGGGUAGGAACUCGGUACACCAUCAGUGUAGGAGCCGUCGACAAGUUAGGCAUGCAUGCACCCUACAGUUCCAUGGGCGCCGGUCUGUUUAUUACUGCUCCGGGUGGUAACUCAGGUCACUUGGCGAACAACAUUGUGGCAAAGGUGGGAGGUGGAUGCCAUGACAUUUCGGCUGGGACAUCCUUUAGUGCUCCUGUCGUUGCUGGAGUCAUUGCAUUGAUGCUACAGGUAAACAGCGAGUUGACGUGGCGAGAUGUCCAAGGGAUUUUGGCCUCCACAUCGAAUAAAAAUGAUCCUGAUGAUGACUCGUGGACAACCAAUGCUGCUGGCUUCCAUCAUAGUUACAAACACGGAUUUGGAUUGAUCGACGCCAAGAAGGCUGUCGAUGCAGCAGAAACAUGGAAUCUGUGGGCACCCGAGUCAUAUUUGACCGCCGAAUCAGAACCUGAACUCAACAUAACAAUACCGCCUACCGAUGAGGCACAAAGUGUGGAGACAUCACUUUCCGUCAAAGCUCCACCGGACUCUGAAUUCGAAGUAGAGUCGGUAGUGGCCUGGUUGGCUCUGGAUCAUCCUUCUCGCGGUGACUUGAACAUUGUACUUACUUCGCCACAAGGUACAGAAUCGAUUCUUCAUGAGAGCUUGAGGCCUGAAACCACACACCUUGUGGAUGGAACUUAUUGGACGCUCAUGACAGUUCGUGCUUGGGGAGAAUCACCUGAUGGGGACUGGACCCUGUCCCUUCGAGAUGAUAGACCUGGCAAUAUACGUGAUACAUGUGUGGAUAUACCCUUCAUAUUCAUCUUGCUCGCAUCUCCUGGUGCACCCAAUGGAGCGUUCGUUACCUGUGAAUCGAUUCGAAGAUCUGCAAGUUGCGCCGAUGGGCAGAUCGUUGAACCUGACAUUGCCACGUUGGUGAAUCCCAUCUCUUUGCUAUCUCCCGAUGUGGCUUGUUGCGUGUGCGGUGGUGGUAUGCCUCCAUCACAGAAAUCACAACUAAAGGAUUGGAAGCUGGUGGUGUACGGUCGGGGUGCCACUCCAGCAGAGGAACCGGAGGAAGAAGAAGAAAGCGAAGAUGGAUCUUCUUCACCUGGCGAAGAAUCCAGCACAAGUGACAACGGAAACAGCAAUGAGAAUGGCGCCGACAGCAGUACAAGCAGCUCUGAUUCCUCCAUUCAGGCCUUGAACAAAUUUUGGCUUCAUGGCAUUGGGCUGCUCUGUGCCUUCAAUUUUAUGAGAUGA